UGUUACCUCCCUCGGCGGUGACGUCACCGCCCGCUGCUUCGGUACAGCAUCCGCCUCCGACACAACCAUUUUGGACCACCACCAUCCAGACCCAGCCAAACCCGCCUGUCAGCGGCCCCCACGGCCACCACCUACCCCGAGAAGGCACCGCCUUACCCGGGUCGAUAGAGGACACCGAGUCCUUCUGUCUUGAUGGAGGCUGCUAGUAGGCGGGAAGGCUCUGAUUAAAAACACGACGGAGCUACACACAACACAGUGCUAACAUCACAGCUGCGGUGGUCCAGUCAAGCCGGCAAGCAACGAGCGGGCACCCUGAGGUGCUAAGCAAGGCAGCGCACCAUGGCGGGGGCUUCCGUGAAGGUGGCGGUCCGAGUCCGCCCUUUCAACUCCAGGGAGAUGAACAAAGAGAGCAAAUGCAUCAUCCAGAUGUCAGGAAACACCACGACCAUCAUCAACCCCAAGCAGGCUAAAGACAACAAGAGUUUCAACUUUGAUUACUCCUACUGGUCGCACACCUCGCCGGCGGAUGUGAACUACGCGUCUCAGAUGCUCGUCUACAAAGACAUCGGCGAGGAAAUGCUGCUGCACGCCUUUGAGGGUUACAACGUCUGCAUCUUUGCAUAUGGACAGACGGGCGCCGGAAAGUCCUACACCAUGAUGGGCAAGCAGGAUGUCAAAGAUCAACAGGGCAUCAUCCCGCUGCUAUGUGAAGAUCUCUUUACCAAAAUCAAUGACAACACAGACAAUAGCAUGUCUUACUCUGUGGAGGUGAGCUACAUGGAGAUCUACUGUGAGCGCGUGCGCGACCUCCUCAACCCCAAGAACAAAGGCAACCUGCGGGUGCGCGAACAUCCUUUGAUGGGUCCCUACGUGGAGGACCUGUCCAAGUUGGCUGUCACUUCCUACAACGACAUACAGGACCUGAUGGACUCUGGCAACAAAGCCAGGACGGUGGCUGCUACCAACAUGAACGAGACCAGCAGUCGCUCGCACGCCGUUUUUAACAUCAUCUUCACUCAGAAACGCCACGACGCUGACGCUGACAAUACCUCUGAAAAGGUGAGUAAAAUCAGUUUGGUGGAUUUGGCUGGCAGCGAGAGAGCUGAUUCUACCGGAGCCAAAGGGACCAGGCUGAAGGAAGGAGCCAACAUCAACAAAUCUCUAACCACGCUGGGAAAGGUCAUCUCCGCUUUGGCAGAAGUGGACUCUGGACCAAACAAGAACAAAAAGAAGAAGAAAGCAGAAAGUUUCAUUCCUUAUCGCGAUUCAGUGCUGACUUGGCUGCUCCGAGAAAAUCUUGGUGGUAACUCUCGCACUGCCAUGGUGGCUGCGCUGAGCCCGGCGGACAUCAACUAUGACGAGACGCUCAGCACGCUCAGGUAUGCCGACCGUGCCAAGCAGAUCCGCUGCAACGCCGUCAUCAACGAGGAUCCCAACAACCGGCUGGUGCGCGAGCUGAAGGAGGAGGUUUCACGUCUCAAAGACCUGCUCUUCGCCCAGGGCCUGGGGGACAUUAUCGAGACAUUUCGAGGGUCUGCUGCUGAGAUUGAGGGUUUGAAACUGACCAACGCCAUGACGGGCAUGAGUCCCUCUCCGUCGCUGUCGGCCCUGUCCAGCCGCGCCGGCUCCAUCGCCAGCCUGCAUGACCGCAUCAUGUUCAGCCCGGCCAAUGAGCAGGCCAUCGAGCGCCUGAAGGAAACUGAGAAAAUCAUCGCAGAGCUCAACGAGACGUGGGAAGAGAAACUUCGGCGGACUGAAGCCAUACGAAUGGAACGAGAGGCCCUGCUGGCAGAAAUGGGCGUGGCCAUGCGCGAGGAUGGCGGCACGGUCGGCGUCUUUUCCCCCAAGAAGACGCCUCAUCUGGUGAACCUGAACGAGGACCCUCUCAUGUCCGAGUGCUUGCUCUACUACAUCAAGGAUGGAAUAACCAGGGUGGGCCGUGUGGAUGCCGCGAGCCGCCAGGACAUCGUCCUCAGCGGCCACUUCAUCAAGGAUGAGCACUGCACUUUCACCAGCGCCACAGGACCCCAGGGAGAAACCGUUGUCCUGGAGCCUUGCGAAGGAGCAGAGACCUACGUCAACGGCAAGAGAGUGACGGAGGCCACAGUCCUUAAAUCAGGAAAUCGCAUCAUCCUGGGCAAGAGCCACGUGUUCCGCUUCAACCAUCCCGUGCAGGCGCGGGCUGAGAGGGAGAGGACCCCGUGCGCCGAGACCCCCGCCGAGCCCGUGGACUGGGCUUUUGCCCAGAGGGAGCUGCUGGAGAAGCAAGGCAUUGACAUGAAGCAGGAGAUGGAGCAGAGGCUCCAGGAGCUGGAGGAUCAAUAUCGCAAAGAGAGAGAGGAGGCUAACAACCUGCUAGAGCAGCAAAGACUGGAUUACGAAAGCAAGCUGGAGGCCCUUCAGAAGCAGGUAGAUCGUUAUUACCCAGAAGCACCCGAGGAAGAGGAGGAGCCCGAAGAGGAAGCUCAUUGGAGCGAGCGUGAACGAGAGCUGGCGGAGUGGAGCUUUCGCAGGUGGAGGUGCUACCAGUUCACCUCCCUGCGGGACCUCCUGUGGGGCAACGCCAUCUUCCUCAAGGAGGCCAACGCCAUCAGUGUGGAGCUCAAGAAGAAGGUUCAGUUCCAGUUUGUGCUGUUGACUGACACCCUAUACUCGCCGCUCCCGCCCGACCUGCUGACGCCUGAGGUCAGCAAAGAGCGCGAGAGGCGAAUUUUUCCGCAAACCAUCGUGGCUGUGGAGGUGCAGGACCAGAAGAAUGGAGCCACUCACUACUGGACGCUAGAAAAACUCAGGCAGAGACUGGAUCUCAUGAGAGAGAUGUAUGACCGCGCCGCUGAGGUUCCCCCUACCACCGCUGUUGCUUCAGCGACGGGUAUGAAUUCCACCACAGACGACGGCGAAGGCGCCAUGACGGGCGGCGACCCUUUUUACGACCGCUUCCCUUGGUUCCGUCUGGUGGGCAGAAACCCUCUUUUCAACACGUGCAUGAGCGAGCGCAUGAGCGACCCCACCCCGUCCCCCACCCUCUCCGCCUCCGAGACCACCGACUCCCCUCAGCAGGAGGCUCGCGGCGGCGAGGACGACGAGUCUGAGGAGCUGGAUGACGAUAUCUUUUUGGAUGAGCCCUCUUCGGAGCUGGCGGGAGAGGAGGAGGAGGAGGAGGAGGAGGAGGAGGAGGAGGAUGAGGAGGAGGAGCGAGAACUGUGCCGAGGUUCCAGCGAAGGCCAGGAUCCCUUUUACGACCGCUCGCCAUUAUUCAGUGUAGUGGGAAGAUCAUUUGUGUACCUGAGCAACCUGCUGUACCCCGUUCCUCUGGUGCACCGUGUGGCCAUCGUGAGCGAGAAAGGCGACGUCAAGGGCUUCCUGCGUGUGGCGGUGCAGGCCAUAUCGGGUAAGGCUCAGCGAAGAGGCGGGGCUGUGUGGCAGGGCUGCGUGCGAUUGGCCGGUGAAUGCCGUUGUUUCGCCCCUCCAGCCGACGAGGAAGCGCCCGACUACGGCUCGGGGGUGCGACAGUCGGGCACUGCCAAAAUCUCCUUUGAGGAUCAACAGUAUGAAAAGUUCCAGUCAGAGUCCUGUUCGGUAGGCCUGUCCUGUACCGAAGUCUCCCAGGAGGAGCUUCGCAUCGUGGAGGGCGAGGGGCAGAGCGCAGAGACAGGACCCUCGGCGGACGAAGUCAACAAUAACACAUCUGGCGGUAAUGAAGACGACGUUGCGGGGAAGUCGGGAGUGGACGGCCAAGUGGAAGUGAUGGCGGAGCAUCUAAAGAUCGGGAACAUUUUCACCUUCCGUGUGACCGUGCUACAAGCCUCCAGCAUCUCCGCAGAGUACGCUGACAUCUUCUGCCAGUUCAAUUUCAUCCACCGGCACGACGAGGCCUUCUCCACGGAACCCCUGAAGAACACGGGCCGUGGCCCCCCGCUGGGCUUUUACCACGUGCAGAAUAUCGCCGUUGAAGUGACCAAAUCGUUAGUGGACUACAUCAGCAGUCAGCCGAUCGUGUUUGAGGUGUUUGGACACUACCAGAAACAAGCAUUUCUUCCUCUAUGUAAAGAUGUCAUUAGUCCACUGCGGCCCUGCAGGAGGCAGUUCCCCCGUGUGAUGCCUCUGUCCAAACCAGCGGACUCGGAGCAGAACCAGGAGAAAGCGCUGGAGUUGAUCCGCUACCUGGUGCCCGACGUGCUCAACGGGGCGCUGGUGGACUCUCUGUCGUGCCACGCCCUCUCCGCUGCGGGGCUGGCCGCUUCCUUCCUGACGGAAGCGAACGAGCCCGCGUGGGCCGCCGCGCCCGCCUCCAUUUGUUCUGUUGUUAAAGCGCAGACGCCCGUGCCGGCCACCAAGCUGACGGCGGUGGCACGCCCGCAGGUAGGUCCGCGCCACUGCAAGUACGACCUGAUGGUUUUCUUCGAGAUCUGCGAGCUGGAGGCCAACGGAGAUUACCUCCCUGCUGUGGUGGACCACAGAGGAGGAAUGCCUUGUCACGGCACCUUCCUCCUGCACCAGGGUCUCCAGAGGAGAAUCACCGUCACCAUCGUGCACGAGUCCGGCGGCGACAUCGAAUGGAGAGACGUGCGAGAGCUCGUUGUGGGACGACUUCGCAACACCCCCGAAUCCGACGAGAGCAUCCUGGACCCCAACAUUCUGUCCCUCAAUAUCUUGUCCGCCGGCUACGUCAGGCCCUUGCACGACGACAGACAGUUUCUUGAUUCGGACAUGCCUAGCAUCUCCCGUCGGGGACUUGAUCCUAGGACGUUCUACCGCUUGGAGGCGGCGUGGGACAGCUCCAUGCACAACUCCUUGCUCCUCAACCGGGUCACGCCCUGCGGCGAGAAGAUCUACAUGACGCUCUCAGCCUACUUGGAGCUGGAGAAAUGCACGCAGCCGGCGGUGGUGACCAAAGACGUGUGCAUGGUGUUCUACUCUCGCGACACCAAGCUGUCCGCCUCGCGUUCCAUACGCAACCUUUUCGGCACGGGAAGCCUGAGAGCGGCGGAUGGAAACCGUGUGACGGGUGUGUACGAGAUGAGCCUGUGCAACCUGGCCGACGCGGGGAGUCCGGGCAUGCAGCGGCGCCGGCGGCGAGUGUUGGACACGUCGGUGGCGUAUGUCCGCGGUGAGGAGAACCUGGCCGGGUGGAGGCCUCGCAGCGACAGCCUCAUCCUGGAGCACCAGUGGGAGCUCGACAAGCUCAGCCUGCUUCAGGACGUGGAGAAGACCAAACAUUUCCUGCUGCUGCGGGAGAAGCUGGAGUCUACCCUGCUGCUGGCGGGUCGGGGGGCUCAGCAGCCGGCGGAGGAGGAGCCCCGCCGGGCCGAGGCGGGCGCGGGCGCUGCGUCUGACGUCACCGCCGAGAGGCAGCGAGAGCUCGCCACCAAGUGUCUGCGGCUACUCAGUCACUCCUUCGACAGAGAGUACACUCACGUGUGCGUCAGCGCCAGUGAAAGCAAGAUCUCGGAGAUGUCCGUCACCACGCUGAGAGACUCGGCCUCCAUUUCCGCCCUCAACACCAUCACGCCCUCGUCCACCUGUCCUUCCCUGGUGGAGGGUCGCUAUGGCAACGCCGAUCUCAGACCUCCCGCUCCUCGCUCCCGCGCCGUCAGUCCGACUCCCGACGCGCAGCCCGACGCCGACGCUAAAAAGUGCGCGGGCGCAGCCUCGGAAGGAAAACCUCGCAUACGUAGAUUUGUCCCCGAUAUCCAGGAGAUCCGAGUCAGCCCCAUCGUGUCCAAGAAGGGUUACCUGCACUUCCUGGAGCCGCACACCAACGGCUGGGUGAAGCGCUACGUGGUGGUGCGCCGGCCGUACGUCUACAUCUACAACACGGAGCGCGACGCCGUGGAGCGGGCCAUACUCAACCUGUCCUCGGCCCAGGUGGAGUACAGCGAGGACCAGCAGGCCAUGCUCAAGACCCCCAACACGUUUGCCGUGUGUACGGAACACCGCGGAAUAUUGCUUCAAGCCAUGAGUGACAAAGACAUGCACGACUGGCUGUAUGCCUUCAAUCCUCUCCUGGCGGGGACUAUCAGAUCCAAGUUGUCCAGAAGACGGGUGGGACAGAUGAGGAUGUGAUGGAAAAGACUCCAGAUGUACAUAGACCACCGCCGCCAUCUUCCUUCUUCCACAUGCUAGCGUUCCUCGACGCCAUCUUGUGUCAGGACUUUUCUAAUCAGUCCCGUAGUCAGACGCCAUACGUGUGUGGUGAUGUCAUGUAGUUGUGUCAGUGGCGCAUUCGGCCUUAUACAUACAAUUCAUAACGUGUGUGUGUGUGUAUGUGCGUGUGUGUGCGGACUUGUAGUGGGACACAAAGGAAGUAACAAAAUUGGAAUUAAGACAGAUGUAUUGGGACAGCCACCAAAUGAGAAAACUGCAGUUUACAAAAGAAUUGGGAAACCCAGAAGUAAGAAAGGUGGAAUUCGGACAAAAGUAUUGCUACAACAACAGAAAGUGCAAAUUGGAGUUCGGACAAAGGUAUUGGGACACUUACAGGAAGUUAAAAAAAAAAAAAAAAAAAAAAAAAGUGGGGUUUGUACAAAAGUAUUGGGAAACUUCCAGGAAAUAAAAACAUGUGGGGUUUGGACAAUAGUAUUGGGACACUAAUAGGAACUGGAAAAACUGAAGAAAACGUUAAAUUUAUUGGGACACUGCAUCUUGGAUUGGGAUUUUUUUUUUCAGUUUACCUUUUUGGACUCGGCUGGUAAAAGGACCUUCUUGGAAUUCCUGAUUUAGGAUUUCACUGACAAGUGUGUCCUAAUACUUUUGUCUCUACAUGUGGAAAAAAAUGCAUAUCUUAAAAAGAUAUCUUUUUUUGGUUUUCAUUUCGCCGACAAACUUUCUCACACGCUGCCUCCAUGUUUGCACAUCUGCACUCGCACAAAAACAACAGCAACGCCACGUUCAUCCUCAUAUCGAGACAGUUCACUUCUCACUCUCUUAUUUAUGUAUUUAUUUCCGCCUGCAUGUAUUUAUUCAUUGACAAAGACGUUUACAGUAUAUUUGUAAAGUGGUGCAAUUUCUGCACGUGGCACUUUGGAAGACGCUCCCUCCCAUGUUGUUGUUUUUUCAAAUAAUAACACAACCACACUUUUACUUGAACGAAUCCCCUCCACCCCUUUAAGUUGUCGGGCCAGUCGAAGGUAGUAUAAAAGUAUAAAUAUAUGUAUAUACAGUAUAGAGUACUGUAUAUGUAUUAAUGUGCACAUGGAUGACGUAGUGCCUCACGGUUGCUUUCUAUUGGACAACCUUCACGCUGCUAUUUGUGCUCUUCAUCCCUACAUCAUCAUCAUCCUGUGUCAUCAUCUAUACACAACUUUAAUAUCACUGGAAUCUCAAUCUGAACAUUUUGGACUACGGCGGAACCUGACUAAUUUGCAUGAAACUUCAGUCUGGUUAUGUUGAAAGCAGGGGAUUGAUUGAUUUGAAGAUUCAGCCAUACAGUAGCUCACUUCGUUUUCAUUAGUUUAUUUUUGAUUAGAAACAUUUCAUUUCAAUUAAGAUCUAAAUUAGAAUUUUGAAAAUAAAUGUAAAUGAAAUGUUUUUAAUUCAAUAAAAAUCCUAAUUAAAAACAAGUACAUUUCAAUGAAAUUCAGAAUUGAAAUCUCAAGACUAUUCCCAUUCUUUCCGCAUUUGUCUUCCACGCCAUCAGUGGUACCUAUAUGAGAUGAAAUCACAAAUACACCCAAAGAAAACGUACAACACAUUUGCUAGUACUAUACCCGAGAUGUUUGCUGAGCCGAAGUCUCGCGAGACUUUCCGAUAUCUCGUGCGAAGUCACAUACUAAGAAUUUUUUUCUGCAAAUUUUAAAGCAGAUUAGUUUUUUUUUCCAGAAAAUUCCCAUUUUUUUAAUGGACUUUGGAGGUUCUGCUGUACUCUACUGAGCCCGCCCCAAAAUUUCAACUGAGAUAGCCAGCACGCCCGCGACCCUUGUGAGAAUAAGCGGUACGGAAAAUGGAUUGAUGGAUGGAACAUAAGAUUUUUUUAAUUUUUUUUUACAUUUAAUACAUUUUUCACUUCUCCGAUGACGAGAGCGUGCGUCCGGUCAGCCAACCUGAGUGCAUGCUCACAAAAAAAAAAACCUCACUUACAUUCUAGCUCAGUGGUUCUCAAUCUUUUUAUAGCAAGUACCACCUAAAAUAAUUCCAUCAUCCUGACCGACAUUAAAAUACAGUAGCAUAGAGGUAGAAGUAUUCACAAAAACAAGGCAGAGGUUUUAUACCUAAAAAUGAUCUGUAACAUUAUUGUAAACCACUGUAACAAUAUGCAGUUUGAACAUAAACUGUACGUAAAUAUAGGACAAUAUUUUUAAAAAUGUCCUUCAAGACUCACAAAGUUAAAUACAAAUGUGAAAACUAAAAACUUAAUGUAGCGUGAACAAUUUGAACUUUAAACCUGUGUGAAAAUAUAUUAAAAAAAUAAAAACCGUUUUUAAACAGUGAUUCAGUGAUUAUGUAUUGCACAUGAAAGUCCAAUACAACUGAACUAUACUUAAAAAAUGCACUGUAAUACUUGAAAAGUAAAAUUAAAAAAAAUGUAAAAACAUGAAUAUUAAAAAAUAUGCUGUACUGGAUAAAAAGGUCUAAGACACUGUAACAUUAUGCACAGUUUGAACAUUAACUCCGCGCUUAAAAAUGGAAAAAUUGAACAAUUGGAAAUUAAAUAUUUAAUAUUGAUUCAACUUAAACGCAUUCCCCAUGAAAGUUAAAUAACUACCAGAAUAAAUAUUUGAAAUGAAACUCUUUGUCCGUAUUAAAUGCAAAUGUACCUUACUUAAGUUAAAUACGACAGAAAGUUUUUUUUUUUUGGGUGGGGGGGGCUCCACUGUUUUGUCCCCAAAUGCGUAGCGCACUUUGAGAAUCACUGUCCUAGCACAUUUUGAAGCAUUUAAGCCUACAUGUCCUCCAUGCCCAAUCAUAUGGAACAUUUUGACAACUUUCCAUGUUCCUUGUCAACACAGUUGCGACCAAUCUGGUCACGUUUUCAUCAGGCCUUUUCAUGUGUGUCACAUUGGAUCCAACCAACGUUGUUGCAGUCACUAAACACUGAAUGUACAAACGACAUUUUUAAGCUACUACAACUACGACUACUGAAGUGCUUGUGUGUGCGCUCCCCUAUGACCUCACGUGUACUUGUGUGUUUAUGGGUGUGCGGCACCACUAUUGUUUAUUACAAUACGCACACGUUGGCCGUCAUCCAUUUUCUAUCGCCCUCUGCUUUGAAUGAAAAAUUGCAAUUUUUGUGCUUCCAACUUUUUGUCUUUCUCUGGAAAAAAAAAAAAAAAAAAAAACACGCAAAAAAAAAACGACGUUGCAUUGUAUAUAAUAAACACGAUUGCUGUGAACGGUGUGUAUCAUAUCAUCAAACGGCUGCGAUCCUACUGUAAAUGGGCUGUAGAGUUCCGUGUGUCUUUUUUCGAGUGUCGGAGUUAAGCGUUCCAAAUAUUUGUGCGUGUGUGUGUUUGCACUGAAACACAUUGUCAUAUAUGGAAUCGGAAUAAAAUUACAAUGAUGCAACACAAAG